CUGUGCAAGAACAAUUAAUACUUAGCUCUUUCAACGUAUUUUGGUGUGAUGACCAACCUUUGACUGGUCAACACUAAAGACAGUUGAUAAGCUAUAAUGUCUUUAUAACAGUUGAUAAUGUUGAUAAAUGUGAAACGGAGUGACCUGUACAACACUGCAGUUCUUCUGGAUGGAGGGGUUAUUGUUGCCGUUUCCACUCGCGCUUCCAUUGCAGAGGGGGGUCUGCAGUGUCUCUACUGAAUUUGGUCCCUUUUAGUAACAACUUACAUAAUAUGACACUCAAAGUGGUGGCAGAAAGAACGUUUCUGCAGGGCUCUCAGGAGCCCGAAGAGCGUCAGUAUGGGUGCUGAGCAGAGCUCACCGCUGCGAGUGAGGUGACAAUUGCAGUGAAAAGAGAAGGUUCCCCAGAUGGUUUUCUCACCGCAGCAGGGCUGUUCCUGGACCUCCUCGUAUUGCGAGAGCUCGCUGGUUCCUUCACCAAGCAGCUCAAGGUCAACUCUCCCUUGAAACACGGUGCUUCAGCAGCAGAGCCAGCAGGUGGCGUAGCGGUUAGGAGCAUCACUGUCUACUCUUCAAGUUGUUCUUCCGAAUCCCGCUCCCGCUGCUGUUGUAGCCGUGACCAAGGCGUUUAGCCUGAUACCGUGAGAAUACUCUGCUGUAUACAUGGGUAAAUCAUUGUACAGUUGAUUAACACUGUAAGGCAAAGUUGGAACAUAAUUUAAAAGAGCCACGAUUAAAUUUUAUGCUUAAAGUCUAUAAAUAUAAAGUGGUAUGUUCACAGUAGCUCUUUUCAACACAUUCUGAGUAUGAAUCUCAGUAUAAUGUGAACGGUAAUAUGUUUGAUGGAACACACUUCAGAUACGUAACUAAACAAAUCUGGGUGAUGCGUCAAAUGUAAUUUCGACCACGUGUGUGGAAACGUUACUAUAAAGGAGGAAAAAUUGCUUCGACUGAGUUACGAACAAGUUCAACCUCUAGCAUACAAAUAUGUAAGUGAUAUUCGUACGUAUCUACGAAAAUACUUUCCAUGGCUGCUAUGAUGAAACUCAUGUACAUUGAUUGAUUGAUUUUUACGUUUCAGCGUUUUUGGAGACAUAACCAUAGUUUGCAAGAUGAUGUUCCAGUUUCUCGCCGCGAGCGGGGCUAUGAAGUAUCGAUGAGUAUGUCCUGGUUGUAGCCUCGCGUGCGUCACGGAACAGAAGCGCGACUCUGCCCGUUAGGUGAUGCACGAGCGGUCGGCGAUGGAGUCGCUCCGCUGCGCUGCGCUGCGCUCCGCCGACAGCCAGAGGCAGAGCUGGAAUGCGUCUCUCUGGCGCCCCCUGUGGCCGCAGCGAAGAGUGCAGCGAAGAGUGCAGCGCUGAGCGGCUUCCUCGGCAGAGCUCGCGACGACCCGCACCGCGCGCACCGGCUCCACCUCGUCUUCACAAACUGCCUCAUUUUCUCCUACCGCGAAUUAUUACUAUUAUUUUUUUUUUUGGCUCUCCGUGGCACGCCUCUUUCUUUUUAAAUCCCGAAGCGUGGUCCUAGUUUGCUGGAAACGUUCAGGUCGUUUGUUACUGUGUGUUUCUUUUUUUUUCCUCUCUGUUCAAAAGCAUGAUGAUGAAAACGCACAGAUGUGCUCCACCAAAGUGCUGCGCGCUGCUCUGGCUUCCGUCGGGACUGCCGGCCAGAUGUUCGGGGGAAAAGGCUUGAAAAGGGUCGCCGCCAUGGAUCUCUCCGAGCUGUACCUCAAAUUCGGACACCUUUUCCAGCAGAACAACUCCUCCGCCUGGGGCCAAGGCGGCGGCGCCGGCAACCGGAGCGUCCGGGACGCGACCCCGCGCCUCGCCGAGGACCCGCUGUUCUCGGGCAACGAGCCGGGCACCAUCGCGCUCGUGGUCAUGUACACCUUCUCCUUCAUCGUGGGCCUGGCGGGCAACGUCAUGGCCCUCAUGGUGCUCACCCGCAGAAGACAGCGCCUGGUGGGGGGGUCGGCCACCAGGAAGCUCCUCGUAAACCUGUCCGUGUGCGACAUGAUGGUGGUGUGCGUGUGCAUGCCCGUGAACCUGUGCCACCAGGUGUACCACGCGUGGGUCUUCGGCGACCUGCUGUGCCGCGCCGUGCCCUUCGUGCAGGCCGUGUCCGUGGCGGCGAGCGUCUUCAGCCUGGCCGUGAUCAGCCUCAACAGGUUCUACAGCGUGCACAGCCCGCUGCACGCGCGCUGCUUCUUCACGGCGCGCAGGAUCGCGGCCAUGAUCUGCGCCGUGUGGGCGCUCUCCUCGGGCCUCUGCCUGCCCAUCCUCUUCAUGAACGGCACCGAGGCGCUCGCGCUGCCGCACGGCACGCCCGUCGUCACCGUGUGCGUGGAGAGCUGGCCCGCGGCCAAGCUGCGCCAGGGCUACAACUUCCUGCUCUUCUGCACGCUCUACGGCCUCCCGGUGCUCUUCAACCUGGUCAUCUGCUGCCUCACGGGCCGGAAGCUGUGGCGCGCGCGCGACCAGCUGGGCGCGUGCGCCAGGUGCGCCGUGGCGCAGCCCGCGUCCCGCCUCAAGGUGCGCAAGAAGGUGGCCAAGAUGGUGGUGGCGCUCGUCGUGCUCUUCACGCUCUCGUGGCUGCCGCUCUACGCGCUCGACAUCUGGAUCGACUUCAGCGUGGAGGAGGGCCGCCACGAGCUGGGCUCCGCGCGCCACCAGUGGCUCGUGCAGGGCAGACCCUUCGCGCUCUGGCUCGGCCUCACCAACUCGGCGCUGAACCCGCUCUGCUACUGCUUCGUGGGGGACCUGUACCGCUCGGCGCAGCGCCUCCGCAGGAGCUACAGGGACAAGAUCUCGUCGGUGUUCAGCGCGCCGGCUCCCGUUGCCGUUGCCGUUCCCGUCGGCGAGCCCGAGCCGGAUCCCGCGCCCGCGCCCGCCUCCGCCUCCGCGCUCCCGCCCCGGCCCCGGCCCGGCCGCCCGGCGAUCAGCUGCUCGACCCCGAGGGACAGAGCGGGUUUGAGGAAGAGCAGGAGCGUGUCGUCGGUGACAGUGUGCGAGACCGUGUUUGACUGA